CGAUGUCGAGUUCCUCUUUGGUCAGUACAACCGAAAAAAAAGAAGAAAUUCGAGGAGGAAACGGACGAUUAGUUUCGUGUUGUAGAAUAUUCUGUGUUAAAAAGAGGUUAAUGAAUCAGCAACGUUAAUAGUGCCGUUAAAACAUGUUUGAUUAGUUUUCUUCAUCAUUAUUUUAUGUUGAAUCUUUGUUUCAUUGUGUAAUUACCACGUUAGUAACGAGACUGCGAGCACAAAAAUAAAAUGGCGACUGAUCAAGUGAAGAACCGCAUGCAUGUUUUCAAGAACACUGGCAAAGAUGUCGACGAAAUGCGCAGGCGGAGGAAUGAAGUUACAGUAGAACUGAGAAAAAAUAAAAGAGAAGAAACACUACAAAAACGUCGUAAUGUGCCUAUCAGCUACUCUACAGACGAGGAUGAGAUCGAGAGGACCCUUGCAUCCACGGACCUCAAGGAGCUGGUAAUGAAUGCGGCGAACGGAGACAACCCUGAUGUGCAGCUGGCCGCCGUGCAGCAGUGCAGGAAGCUUCUCUCGUCAGACAAGAACCCACCCAUUGAUGAGCUGAUUGCUACUGGAAUUCUCCCUAUCCUUGUGCAGUGCCUCUCAAGGGCCGACAAUCCCUCACUCCAGUUUGAAACCGCUUGGGCCUUAACGAAUAUCGCAUCAGGCACCUCCGCUCAGACAAACAAAGUUGUACAUGCUGGUGCUGUCCCUGUCUUCCUUCAGUUGCUCAUGUCUCCUCAUGAGAAUGUUUGUGAACAAGCUGUCUGGGCCCUGGGUAACAUCAUUGGAGAUGGUCCCGUGCUCCGAGACUUUGUUAUUGAAAUGGGUGUAGUUAAGCCACUGUUGAGUUUCAUCAAGCCUGAUAUCCAAAUUUCAUUUCUCCGUAAUGUGACCUGGGUCAUCGUCAACCUAUGCAGGAGUAAGGACCCACCACCACCUGUCAAAACUAUCCAAGAAAUUCUUCCUGCACUUAACUUCCUUAUCACUCACAAUGACAACAAUAUUUUAGUAGACACAGUUUGGGCAAUCAGCUAUUUAACAGAUGGUGGCAAUGACCAGAUCCAAAUGGUGAUUGAGUCGGGAAUAGUCCCUAAGCUUAUCCCGUUACUGUCACACAAAGAGGUUAAAGUUCAGACAGCAGCUUUGAGAGCAGUGGGCAAUAUUGUGACUGGCACGGAUGAACAGACACAAGUAGUCCUCAACUGCGAUGCACUGUCGCACUUCCCUGCUUUACUAUCCCACCAGAAAGAGAAGAUCUGCAAAGAAGCUGUAUGGUUCUUAUCAAACAUCACAGCAGGUAACAAGCAGCAAGUGCAAGCAGUUAUAGACGCGGGCCUACUGCCCAAGAUUGUAGAGAACCUCACCAAGGGAGAGUUCCAGACACAGAAAGAGGCAGCCUGGGCAGUUUCCAACCUUAGUAUCAGUGGGACUAAGGAUCAGGUUGCCGCCCUCAUCAACUGUGGAGUCAUACCGCCAUUCUGUAAAUUGCUCAGUUGCAAAGAUACUCAAGUUAUUAAUGUUGUGCUAGAUGGUUUAAGCAACAUGCUGAAGAUGGCGGGAGAGAACGCUGACCAAGUCGCUAAUAUGAUCGAAGAAUGUGGCGGCAUCGACAAGAUCGAGGCUCUGCAAAGCCACGAGAAAGUGGAGAUCUACAAAAUGGCCUAUGAUAUCAUUGAACAAUACUUCACUGGAGAGGAGGAGGAUGCGACGUUGGUCCCGACAGCGGCGGAGUCCGGCUUCCACUUCGACGCGGCGGCCGCCGGGCCGCACGAGGGCUUCCACUUCUAGUGGCGGGCGCAGCAGUCCGGCCGCGGCCCCCGCUACUCCGGCCGCGGCCCGCUCCCCGGGCGCGCCCGCCGCGCCUUGUACUCUGGCCGCGUCCCCUGGCUCGGCCUUCGCCCCGCGUUUCGUUGUACAGUAGGCGAGGUCGCGCACCUUCACACGUGACGUCGGUGCUGCGGCUUCCUUGUGAUACAGCUCUAUUGUGAUGUAUGAAGUUUUUCAUCUUUGUUUUUCGAUUUCGUAUUGUACCGAGUUAUGGACGAUGGACACGAAGUGGAUAGCUUUAAUGUUAAGUGCCGCGUACGCGACGUAUGCGUUUAGUGUAAUCUGCUUACCGAUUUAAUUGAUGCUUUUGAUAUAACAUAGUAUUUAUGUUUCGAUUUUAACUCAAAACACAAUAAUAAUUACAGUUUCUGGUAUCGGGACCGGGCCAGCCGCGUCCUGUAUGAAAUUAUGUUGAAAUCAGACCAUUUGUAUUGUAUCUAUAUACCAAUAAAUUCUGUCCAAUAUAA